AUGAAGUACUCCAUCAUCUUCAUUGGCGCUUCCGUUGGCUUAACUGCGGCCCAAAACCUCCCCGACGGUUUCCCCCCCUGCGGUACUACCUGCAUUACCAACAUGCUAGCAAAGGCUUCUGAUCUGGGCUGCAGUAACACCGAUGCUCAGUGCCUCUGCUCCAACCUUGACUUCCUGUACGGCGUUCGAGACUGUGCAGACCAAGCUUGCGGCAGCACCCAGGAUGCCCAGACCGUCAAGGACUACGGCGUCAAUUACUGUGCCAACGCUGGUAUCGCCAUCAGCGGUAUCGGUGGGACUGCCACGGGGACUGCCGCUGCCACUGCUACCAUCACUGCGACAGCCAGUCCCACGACCGUCGCCACCGGAGGAUCGGGUGGCUCUGACACCGGCUCUGGACCUUCUGUCACUACUUCGGGGAUCCUGACGACCAUCAGCUCGGGCGACACGGUCAUCACUAGCACUGUUGGCUCAACCACGAUCACUGGUGGUGUUGUGCCCAUCACCACGUCGGAUAUCCUCUCGACCAUCGUCUCCGGAGACACUACACUCGUCAGCACCGUCGGCGAAACCACUAUUUUCUCAACUGUCGAAGGUGGUAGCGCUACGGUCCCCACCACGGUCGUUUCGGGUGGUACUACCCUCACAACCAAUGUUUCGCCCACCAUUACUACUACUUCUGGUGCCACCGGCGAUAACAACCCAUCUUCGACUGAGGGCAACCCAAGUGAUGCCACCGGUACCCCGACUACCACCUCGUCUGGUGGAGGUGCCCCCCAUCGCACUGCUGCCCCGCUUGGCUUUGUUGCCGCUGCCGGUCUGGCUCUCCUCCUGUGA